AAGACAAAGUCAAAAAGAAAAAGGGGAUCUUACAGUGGUGGACUCACUCAACAACACAUCAAAAGAAAAACAGAAAAUGUGUAGAGGAUUAGCUGCAUUACCCCAAUCAUGUCUGGAAAGGGCUAAAGAGAUCAAGUCUAAGUUGGGGGUUCUCCUCCAGAAGCCUGAGAAUGGCAUUGACCUGAUUAUCCCCAACCCCGAGAAACCAGAGAAGAAGCCAGAGAAGCUUCAGAAGCCCGUUCCUGAAGAGGCUGCUCAGUGGCGUGAGUCCCUGGACCAUGUGCUGACCAACAGCUAUGGCCUGGCCAUGUUCCGUGGCUUCCUGCGCUCUGAGUUCAGUGAGGAGAACAUUGAGUUCUGGGUGGCCUGUGAGAACUUCAAAAAGACCAAGUCUCCCAUGAAGAUGACUAUGAAAGCCAGAAAGAUCUAUGAGGACUUCAUCCAGACCGAGGGACCCAGAGAGGUGAACAUUGAUCAUUACACCAAGGAUGUGACCCUGAGGAACCUGGUUGACCUUUCCUCCACAACCUUUGACCUGGCCCAGAAGAGAAUUUAUGCUCUGAUGGAGAAGGACUCCUUCGGCCGCUUCCUGAGAUCCGAGAAGUACCAGGAGCUGGUUAAUUAAGAAGAUGAUUGCAGAGUAAGGGUAAAUUCCAAACGAAUUGGUUCAUUUGAAGUGGAAUUAGGUCUUUAAAAUUAUUUGAUGGAACUGACUCAAGCAAGACUGCAGGUUUGAUAACUAAGGACAAACAUAAAGAUAGACCUCAUUCUAAACCACCUUGACUCCAUAUUUCAAAUGACUAAUUACUACUAUAUUUGUCUUAUAUAGCUGUAGCCAAUCAAAAUUUUACAAGUCAAUUAAAAAAGUAAAGAGUGUAACACAAUAUGACAAUUUGACAUUAUUUGUUAAAUGUUUACUCCAACUGAGAGACAAACAAACCACCAAUCAAUUAAACAGUGAUUUAAAAAAAAUACAUUUGAACAUCACCAUUUCUUAGAAGAUAAACCAAAGGUCAUAAUUAUUGCAGACAAAAUAAUCUGCAAUGAUUUUGUCCCAUAAAAAAAGUGUUAAUAAAUAGUCUAAAUAAAAACAUCCUAGACAGACAGACAGACAGACAGACAGACAGACAGACAGACAGACAGACAGACAGACAGACAGACAGACAGACAGACAGACAGACAGACAGACAGACAGACAGACAGAUAGACAGAUAGACAGAUAGACAGACCAUAUUUGUACAACAACUUUCCCUGGAAUAAAAUACCAUUGGCUUUCAGAGUUUCUGGGGAGGAGAAUAUGACCUCUGCCUUGAGACUCUUAGUGACACAUCCAGGACCCAUCCAGUGUUCUAAAUGGGAAGAAAGGGUGAGGGACUUAUUGGGACCGGACACUCUAGUGUUCCCACAGCCAAGUAGGAAACAGUCUAAGAAGAAAAGACAUACAGUAGAAACCAGGUGCCUUGAGAAGCUGUGAGAAUGUGUCCCCAACCAUGCUCUCAUGCAAUCCUUGGGACAAGUGGUAGGCAGUUUGUUCAGUGGUUUACGGACCACUGUAUUGUACGUUGAUAAGAUGGGAAUACCGAGUAAGAGUGGAUCUCAUAAAAGAAUAGAACUCAGUAUUUUUCCAAAUAUAUAUUUUUUGGUGUGGUGAACUAAUUGAAAGUCAGUCAUUUCACCUAAAGAUAGCAAUGAAGCAUAGGAGAUGAGUAAAGGACACAUACCCAAUACAUCAACAUCAUAAAGUUUUGUGGCUUUUCUACCAUAGCAAAAUAGAAAUAUAUGCACUCCAUUAUGAAUUAACUAAUCGUAUUUCUAUACAGCUUUCAUUAUUUCUGUUUAUCACUCACCAUUCACUAUCAUAACUAGUCUUCACACCUUUCACGGUCUGAAAAGUAGAGGUGUAUCAGUAUCAAAAGGUUCUUGUAGUAUGCUAUCUCAGUCUAGUGUAGCAAUGAUAUAAAUACCUUACAUUGUGUUUCUAUUCUGCACUUGCAUGUUUUUAUAUAUUUUAAGGGUGCAGCUGUCAUAGCCACAACAUUGGAGUAUUAUUACACAACAACUCAGUACCUAUACAAGUCCAUAUUGUUGCCCAAUACACACAAUUCAACUUACUGCAACACUGCAGGUCAGGAGUUGACUAUAUGGUCAUUGUAAUUCAUUGAUUGUCCAAUAAAAAAUGUCACUUGAAGCUACAAUGUUCAAUCAUGUACUUUGCAAUCACUUGACACGGUACACUAAUAGAGUUUAGUAACGAUAAGGCAAUUCCACUUUGACAGAAUGAUGCUGAGACUUUUCACUUUAAAACGUAUGUCAAACAAAAACAAUGACUGCAAAGUUCAACCAUACAACUCUAUGUUCAAGGACGACUUUAAACCAUUUCCACUGACUCAUUUACUUGAAGUACAGCAGAUGCAAAGUUUUGUAAUAGAAUGACGGUUUGUCCUGUUUGUGCCAUCCUUCUUUUACUAAACUUUGCAUCUGCAGUGUUCUUCAAGCAAAUGUGUUUUUGAAACGUUUCAGUGUUUUUGUAAUAUUUUCGGUGGAAAUUGUGAAACAUCGUCCUAAUGCAUAGUUGCAUCGUUGUAUUUUCGUACUGUGGAAUUUCCCAAUACUAACACAAAACAAUAUGUUUCUGAUGUAGCAUUGAUAAGUGUAUCUGGUUGCAUAGAUUGGCCAAUCUACUGCUAUUGCUCAAGAUGUUGUGCCUUCGGUGAAAACACUUAUGGACCUAUGACUUAUGGAGUUAAUAUCUGGCACUUGUAUUAUUUGUAGUCAACCACAUAAAAGACAUCAAUACAUUAAAUUCCUGAAGAUGUAGUUAUUUUUCUAUGUAAAUAUCUACCAGUUUUUAGUAGUAUUUGUGUUGAUUAAGUUGACUACCCCACUGGACUGAAUGGGAGUUAUGGCCAAGAGAGGACUGAUUGAAGAGUAUCCAGGAGAGAACCAUGUAUUUUAACUGUCAUAAAAGAGAAAACAUCUGACUAUCUAUUGACUAUCUGUUGUAUUAUGCAAUAUCCAUGUAUUUUUUACUCUUUUUGUGAUCACAAGUUUAUUGUUUACUAAAGAAAUCUCUCAACAUAGUACCCAAGAGAAGGCCUACACAAGGAUUUUUCGCACACCAAGUGUUUCAUAAUAAGUCAUUAUUUGUUUGUGUGAUGGCAUAAGGGAUCAAUAUUACACAGAGAGAGUGGGGUAAGCUGAGCCAAAGGGGUAAGUUGAUCCAUCCUUGUUUCUAGGAAACCAUAAAAUCCUCCCAUAAAUAACAAUUUUGUGAACUAACACUCGCACUUGACUUUUUCCCCCCUUUACUAGCUCUGACUUCGCUUAUAGCUACUUUAUUUAAAACAUGUACUUACUGUGACUGUGAUAUGUGGUUGUCCCACCUACAGUAGCUAUGAAUGCACAAACUGUAAGUCACAUUGGAUAUGAGUGUGUGCUAAAUUACUAAAAUGAAAAUGUAAAAAUGUUGACCAUAUAUUUAAAAACAGUUCAUCAUUUUAUGGAGUUUGUGAAGGAAGAAACCACAUGGGAAAAGUGGUAAGCAAGUUUGGUCCAAAAAACAGAUUUUCAACAAGUCAUAUUAAUUUACUGUGUUAGAGGUAUCAUGAUGCUUGUAUCUAAACCAAAGUAGAUCAUUUUAAGAUUGUUCUAUAAAUCAGUUGAGGGUCUUUAUAAGCUUCAAUAUGAGGUCCUAAACCUAGCAUGAAAGUUGUGUGGGCUAUAGACAAAAUAUUUGCCUUGGGUUAAGUUGAGCCAUGGUGUACAUUGAGCCAAUGGUUGAGCCAAUGGCAAGUUGAGCAAAUUGAAGUGUUUUCUACCAAGGCAUAAUGCGAGGGAUUAUCACUGGGAUACAAGGUAAAGAACAGGGCCUGGCCUAUAUUAAACGUGUUUUUUAAAAAUACAGUGUUUGUUAGGUGUUAAGGCUGUGUUAAUUCUUAAAAUAAUAAAAAUACAAAAAAUCAA